AUGAAUUUCAAAUAUUUAAUAUUAUUUAUAUGUUUUCUAGGAGUAUUACAUAAUUGCUACGCAACAGAUUACUCGACGUUAGAAAAAAAUGUUACGUUAGAUAGGGUAGUCGUAUUUCCUGAUUGUACUUUUGAUGAAAAUGAUAUUUUCUUCUUCGUCUAUACACGUCAACGACGAGAUAGUAUUAUUCUUACGGAAAGGAACUUGACGACUUUCGAUCUAUUUAAAAAGACACAAAUUACGCAAAAAAUUGUAUUUAUUACACAUGGUUUUCUUUCAUCUGGAGAUAAUAAGAAUUUCAAAGCAAUGGCAAUAGCUUUGAUAGACAAAGAUGAUUUUCUUGUAUUCUCGACCGAUUGGAGAAAGGGUGCUUGCAAUCGUGGCAAUAUCGGCCGAUUAGCUGGUUAUUCUACAGCUGUUCAAAAUACACGUCAUGUUGGAAGAUAUAUCGCUCGAUUUACCCGGAAACUCGUACAAGAUUAUAAAGUGCCGAUGUCGAAUAUACGAUUGAUCGGACAUAGUUUGGGUGCACAUACUUCAGGUUUUGCUGGAAAAGAAGUUCAAAAUUUAAAAUUAGGAAAAUAUAGCGAAAUAAUCGGUCUUGAUCCUGCUGGGCCAUCUUUUAGAACGAAACAGUGUUCAGAUAGAUUGUGCGAAACAGACGCAGAAUAUGUUCAAGUUUUUCAUACGUCAGCUGUAUUAGGAAAAUAUUCGGAGAUUGGUACCGUUGAUUUUUAUAUGAAUUAUGGAAGUCAUCAACCCGGUUGCCUUCUUAAUCCAUCCUGUUCUCAUACGAAAGCCGUGAAAUACCUGACUGAGUGCAUAAAACGUGAAUGCUGUUUAAUUGGAAGACCAUGGGAGAGUAAUUGGAGUUUAGGGGAACCUCUUAGUGAUUGCAAAAGGAAUACCUGUGUUUGCGUUGGACUAAACGCAAAAACUUAUCCUGCUAAAGGCAAAUUUUAUGUACAGGUUGAAGAAAAAGAACCUUAUUGCCAUAACGAGGGCAUUACACUGUAA